AAAUUAGCUAUGAAAUAUUCAAUGUUUGAAAACAAUGACUAAAAUGUGCUUGUCGAUUGCUGCUAGCUAACGUUAGCUCUCAAGUUCCCACUUUAGACUUUUUCACUCACAUAAUAUCCUGUUCCUCAUUAUUAUUUGUCAAAACCACCAUCUUACGCAAAGAACAACGAACGAGGGGUGAUUACAAAAACAAAAACAGUAGCUACGAUACACACAGAACUAGCGUAGGCGUUCAGUUAGCCACUUGCUAGCUUGGCGCUGUCAGAGCAGGUAAACAGACAACAGCAAAGCUGAUCCCCGCCCUUCACAAAACCGAAAACGAGGCACGAGCUCUAGGUCAUUAGAAUCUUGAUCGUCCACAUCAAACCAAGUUUUGACGUUUGCUACAAAAUAAUUAUUUUUCUCGCCUUAACGUUUCUUUUUUUAUUAGUAGCUAGCUACGCGAAAAAUACAUGCAGGCUCUAUUUCAAUGACAUCUGAACAUGUCUCGUAAAGUUCAGGUUGUAGACGUUUCCAUAACAGCAAUGUUUAACUGUGCCCUUCCAGAGGCAAGAGAGUCAAUUUACAAGCCAGAGUCCCAGACAGUCCCAUCCGGCUAAACAGUCAGUAGCCUACUGUUCUUUCUUGUUGUUCCUUGUUUGGGGAUAGAAUUGGGAAAAGGCUACUAAUAUAUUUUGGAUAUCUUUCUCAGGCCAAAUUGUAGACAUAGGAAUGGGCCGGAGGAACAAGCCAAGGGCAACAAGACCAGAAAUAGGUGAUAAAUUGGUAACACCUGACCCUCAUCCAAUGGUUGUGGGAGCAGUGAAAUGUGUACUACCCAGGAAGACUGCCUUAAACUUACUUAAGGCUUGUGAAGUAACCACAAACAUCCGAAGUCCUGUCUCCAAUACGUAUGAGAGAUUAGAUAAUAGAGUGGUGAAAAUCUGUGUCAAUCUAUGGCCUGUCCUGGCUUCAGCCAAAGAGCCUGUAGAGGAAAGCAGUAGUUCGCUGGAUGAAGAGGAACCUGGGACCAGCACAGAUACAAGGACCUUCAAGACAUCAAAGUCUGGUGAGCAGCGUCCGAGAGACCAAGAAAGGAGACACCAUGUUAGACAAGAAUUGGACAGGGCUAAAGAAAGCUGUCUAGUGAAGCCUAUUUUACUACCACCCAUAAGUAAACUAUCCCUUACAACACGACUAGCACAUUCAGAGUGCAUGGGAAUGCAAGUGCCACACACAUCUCUGCCACAGAUAUGUGUAUCAGACCAAGAUGCCUUGGUCAAAUCCUCCAAGGGGACAAAAGCCAUUGAGAAUAAGGCACCAUUUCCCAUGAUCCUAUUGCAGAAGACCAGCAAUUUGAUGGACAGCACCAUUAUCUCCCAAUGUAGGUCUGCCCAGGUUCACCUCCCUGAGAUAUCAGUGUCCAGUAUAGAAGGCCUGCUUCAGAGAGUUGCAGAGCGAGUGGGAAGGAGAGAGAGGGAUGAGACAUCGGGACUGACCAAUCCUGAUCAUCUUCUCAUGGCUGGCGCGCUGCGAGACCUGAGAGAGAAGAGGCUCCAGCAUCGGGGAGACUAUAGCUCAGAGGGAACGGUAAGAUGUCCAGAGGUCAAGCCAAUCGGUGGACAGAAAGGGACCACUCUAGUAACAGAGAAUGGAAUGCAGAACCCUGCCUCCCUCUGCAAUAAAACCAAACUGCCUAUCAUCCUUAGUAUGUCCAAAGGAAGCCUUUGAGCAUGGAUAAAUCACCAUCAACAAUAGAUAAAUUGUACAUGUUAAUAAAGUUGUUAGAACAAAAUACCCAAGAUAGAUGUAUCCCCAUUUAAAGGUUUAUUACUAUAUGUUCUGUAUACAUCUAGUUAUAUGUACACAUAAAUAAUCAUACACAUAAUCAAGUAUGAAUGUUCAAGCAUAAUAUAGUACGUCAUAAGACCAUACAUUCAAUUGUAUGUAUAGAUAUUCUACACAUGCCUAUCAGUUGUAUCUUUCCAAUACAUCAGACUGCAGUACAGC